AUGGCUUCAGCAAUAUCCUACAUCCUGUUCCUCUCGAUCUUCUCAUCAGCGUUUGCACUGGGAAAAGCUCAACCAAGGCAGUCCAACAUAAGCUUGGACACCUCUCUCCGUCCCACGGCCAACCCUACAUCAUGGCAGUCACCAAAUGGGCGUUUCGCCUUCGGAUUCUACCCAGAAGGCACGGGCUUCUCCAUUGGAAUAUGGCUCGUGGCAUCUCCUGAAAACUCCACUGUUAUAUGGACAGCAGACCGAGAUGAACCACCGGUGACCAAAGAUGCUGUAUUGAAGUUAACUAAUGAAGGGCUCAAGCUCCUCCUCCAACACUCAGAAGGGAGGCUCAUCUCCAACCUUUCCACAGGCAACGAUGCUUCCUCUGCUUCCAUGCUCGAUUCCGGGAACUUCGUCAUCUGUGACUCUAACUUUAAUGUCAUAUGGGAAACCUUUGACAAUCCAACUGACACAAUCAUGGCAGGUCAAGUGCUGCUCGCUGGAUCUGAGCUCGUUUCCAGCCUAUCAGGAACCAACCACUCGAGCGGGAACUUUCAUCUCAUCAUGCAAAAAGAUGGGAAUCUCGUUCUGUAUCCUGUGGCAUCACCAGACACUCCAGGGGAUGCUUACUGGGCCUCCGGAACAAACGGAGAUGGCUCCCUGAGCUUAUAUCUGGAUGAUAAAGGUUGGCUGUACCUGCACCUCGGCAAUGUCACAUCCAAUCUAACGAGCGGCUACCGGUACGGGACACCACUAGUAUACCGUGCAACGCUUGGUGUGGAUGGGAUCUUCCGGCUAUAUUCUCACGAUCUCGAGUUAAACACACAGCAGGUAUUGAAGGAAUUCCCAGAAGUAACAGAUCCGUGUGAGGUCCAGGGAACCUGUGGCCUGAACAGCUACUGCACUUCCGCAAAUGGACAAGUGGUAUGCAUGUGUCUGCCUGGUUUCGAUUAUCUUGAUACUAACAGGACAUCGAGCGGAUGCAGAAGAAACAUCACGACCGCUGCAGGUUGCUACUUGGGCAAUGAUAACAUGACAUACAUGUCCACUCUGGAGAGUGUAAUUUGGAUGGUCGAUCCCUACGGUGCACCCUUGUCUGUGACAAGCAAGGAAGAUUGCGGAGAAGAAUGUUUGAAAGAUUGCAAUUGUGAUGCCGCUCUGUUUUCCGACAAUACGUGCAGGAAACUGGUGUUUCCAUUGAGAUAUGGGAAAACAGAUGACUCCACCACGACAUUCAUCAAGCUGGUUAACAUAAGCGCUGGAGGAACGCCUGUUAGUAGCCAAGCAGAAAGCCCUGCUGCAGCUCCCGUUACUACGAUCAGGCGAAAGUUUAGCGCUAAGAUUUUGACUGUGUCAGCAGCUAUUAUUGCUUGUAUAAUUUCUUCCUUGGCUGCUUUAAUUUUCUUCUUUCAUAGGUAUCGAGCCGGAAGGUACAGAAGGUUGUGGAGAAAUAAAGAGCCAGCUCUGGUGGACGAAAUAGCACCCAGACCUUUUUCCUACCAUGAGUUGAGGGAAGCGACCGAUGGUUUCAAGGAAGAGAUAGGUAAGGGAGCCUUUGGAACUGUCUUUAAGGGGACCUUGCAUUGUGGUCAAAGAAUAUUAGCUGUGAAAAAACUUGAGAAGGUGGUGGAUGAGGGAGAAAGAGAGUUCCGAACAGAGAUGAGGACAAUUGGAAGAACUCACCACAAGAACUUGGUAAGACUGCUUGGCUUCUGUGAUGAAGGUACUAACAGGCUCUUAGUCUAUGAAUACAUGAGCAACGGAUCGCUUGCAGACCUCAUCUUUAAGGCUGACGGACACCCAGGUUGGGAUGAGCGGGUAAGGAUUGUGUUAGAUAUAGCUAGAGGAAUCCAUUAUCUGCAUGAGGAGUGUGAAACUCGUAUCAUACAUUGUGACAUAAAACCUCAAAACAUACUGAUGGAUGAUAAUUGGACAGCAAAGAUAUCAGAUUUUGGGUUAGCAAAGUUGUUGAUGCCAAGUGAGACCAGAACAUUUACAGGCAUUAGAGGGACAAGGGGUUACCUUGCACCAGAAUGGCACAAGAAUGUGGCGAUAACGGUGAAGGCAGAUGUCUACAGCUUUGGCAUUGUAUUGCUCGAAAUCGUAUGCUGCAGGAAAAAUAUGGAAUUGAAAGCUGAAGAAGAUGCAAUUAUUCUUCUGGACUGGGUCCAUAACUGCUUUAUGGAUGGAGAGUUGGAGAAGCUUGUGCCUGAUGAGGUAGAUAUGACAGAGUUGAAUAGGCUUGUGAAAGUGGGGCUCUGGUGUACUCAGUCGGAACCCGGUUCUCGGCCUAGCAUGAAGAAUGUGGUGACGAUGCUGGAAACGAACGUGGACAUAUCCCUUCCUCAUCCACCUGGAUUUAGUUCCUGAUCUGCGAGUGUCGUCAAGCCAUUCUAAAGUCCCACUUGAUAGCUAUGGUGCUUUCUCCAUU